GAGCAGACCAUCUGGCCAAGCACACGCCUCCAUGCAGAACACUCUGGCCAGUCGUCCGUCUGCCCAUCCGGACAUGGCUGGCACCCGUCGAGAAGCUCCAAGCAAUACUACAUACGUACUGUACGUACUGUAUCAGUGCAGCACGCCCAGUCCGCCAUACUACAGUAUAUAGUCCAGCAGGGCGUCCCGUCGGAGGACAUACAGACAGUCCUUCCUUUCUCGUUAUCGCUACUUGACAGCGUAAGGUUUCAAAACACUCCGGCUCACGAAGAUGGACUCCGGAACAGAAAUCUUGUUUCACAACCCCAUCCCCGUCACGCUCAAACACCCCGGCACGCGAAGUGGAAUCAACACCCCUAGAGGCGGGAGUCACACGGGAAGUCUGAGCAUCGGGCUUGGAGAUGGGUACCAAGAAAAGCGGCGCUCGAACGUCACUGUGCAAGUCGCCCUGGCUUCGAAGAAUGCGGGUCGUUUGAAGGUGCUUGAGCUCCAGCUGACGGACGAAUCAGAUCCGUUCUUUCUGUAUCACCUCGAAAUCGGCGAAGAUGACUUUCACGCUCUGAAGGACGAGCAGAACCUGCUAGUGGAUUUCCAGCAGUUUCCCGUAAACUUCAUCGAACUACUGGAAGCUUGUGACAAAGCUUCGAGGGAUGUCCAACCAAAGUUCGUAGCGCAGCUGACAUCCGAUCUGGACUAUGCGACCUUCCAAGUGAUCGAGACCAACAAUUUCCGAAACAUUACACACAUCUCGCUGAAGUUUAUACCGGGCAACGACGAUGCUGUGAAGCGGUAUCUGGCAAAGCUGGUGAAGGAGUUGAAGAUCGAAAACAGCGGGGUGAAAUCUAAACUUGACGUCACUGAAAUUAGCCUAGCAACACGGCUACGCGACGCGGAGGCGCUGACUGCAACCCUGACGGCGGAGCUGGAGAAGAUGAAACUGAAUCAUGCAGAGCAAAUGAGCCGCGUGCAGUUGCAGCAUGCUGAGGACUCUGCGCGGGAGAGGGAGGACCUUAUACGGCAGCGGGAAGAGCAACGGCUCGCGGCCGAGCGGGAGAAGCGGAACUUGGAGAUUCAUUUCGAGGAGAAGAACAAAACCCUCUCCCAAGACCUAGCCUCCAUAACCGCCCAACACUCCCACGUCCUCUCCCACGCACAAAGCCUCGAAUCCACCAUCUCCAGCUUCACCAAACAGCUCGACACACUCAAGCGCGACCUCACCAUCACGCGACAGGAUCUCGACAAGGAGAUCCACGCCAACACGGAUCUGAGUCGCGUGAAAGCGGGAUUGGAGGCGGAGGUUGACUCUUUAAGGGGGAACAUUGCGGCGCUGGAGAGAGAGGGGAGGGAUAGGAGUCGGGAGGAUAAGAGGGUUAAGGAGGUGUUGGAUGAGGUGAAUGAGCGGAAGAGCAAACUGGAAGAGUCGCUGGAACAGAGUCGGGCCCAGAACGCACGGUUAGAGGAAGGGCUGACACGAGCUCGGGAGGAGAUCAACAAGGGCAACGAAAUCAUCCGCAAGCUCCAAUCAGACCUCAAAUCCUCCAAAUCGAAACUCAAGCUGAAAAACGUCGUCACCCUGCAACAAGAGAAACUCCUCGACGAGAAGACGGCCGGCGUGCAGGCGCAGCAGAAGGAGAUUGCGGAGUUGAAGGAGACGCUGGCGAGUACUCGGAGGGAGUUGGAGGAGGCGAAAGGGAAGGUUGGGGAAUUGGAGGGGGUGGUGGAGGAGGGGAGGAAGGUUAUUGAGGAUAAUAGUCGGGUGAUUGAAUGGCUCCACAAGCAGCUGAACGAGGAUGCGCUUGUCCGUCCACUACCUGCAACAGCAACAAGUACGCUGGGGACCUACCCGCCUGCGGCAGCGGUGGCGGCGGAACGGCAUACUGGCGCUUUGGAUGAGGUUGAGGCGAAGCCCUCAAAACCUUCACCAACGGGCUACCGCAGCCGGUACCUCUCGACCCUCUCCACCACCACACACAACAAAGAUCUGCACCACACUCAACCACUGUACGCAGACAAACCCACCGCUAAAACAGCCAACUCGUACGACCCGGCGCGGUACUCCCCACCUUACACGUCAGCGAGUACCGGGAGACAGGGUACCGCUUAUGGUUCGAGAAUCCCGGAGUUGAAGACGAGGGGGGUGGACGUGGGCGGGAAGGAGGAAAGGAGGGCGGGGAGGAGUGUGCCGGUGAAAUCUAAUUACUUUUGAAAAAUGGGGGUGGAGGGGUGCGUCGAUGCAGUCCCCGGUAGCAGCGAGAUCAUUGGUAAAUUCGUAUUUUUCAGGACAUCUACUAGCCAGUCAAUCACACGCCUCUGUGUCAAAAGUAGUUCCAAAUUUGUGGCCAACCAUCAGG